AUGAAUAUAAAUUUGUUAAGGACUUUCCUCUUCUUCGUUGUAUUAGCAUCUAUUGCAGUUAACGGACAGGUCACUACAGUUGACUCAAAUGCAACAACUGCUGAUCCCAAUGAUACGACUGCUGAUCCAAAUGCAACAACUGUUGAUCCAAAUGCAACGACUGCUGAUCCAAAUGCCACUACCGCAGAUCCAGGUACCACUACUACAGGACCCAAUACUACUACCGCUGAUCCAAAUGCAACAACUUCCGAUCCCAAUGCUACUACUGCUGAUCCAAAUUCAACAACAGCUCCCAGUACAACGGUAAGUCCUACAACUAGAAAAACAACACGUAAAAGUACAACUAGAAGGACAACGAGAAGAGUACGAAGACCAACAAGGAGACCCAUUCGCAGACCUAUACGAAGACCAAUACGUCGACCACUAAGACGACCCAUUAGAAGACCUAUUCGCCGACCAAUUCUCAGGCCAUCAAACAUUAGGCCACUCAAUGGAUAA